UUUCAGAUGGACGAGAAGAGCAAGGGAUCGUUGCGAAGUGUGGCGUUCGUCGCCGUCACAUUCUCCACAGUCGCAGUGACUGCUGUGCUUAUCGCUUUCCCAUUGGUAUUCCACUAUGUGCAGACCCUUCAAGCUUCCGUACAAGGAGAGGUUGAGUACUGCAAGUCCCGAUCUCGGGAUAUGUGGCGUGAGAUGGUCGAGGUUGCACCGGAAGGUGCUGAUGAUCCACUUGAUGUUCUGCUCAGAGCUACACGUCAAGCUGAUGCUCAAUGCUGCACAUGCCAACAGGGACCACCAGGACCAGAUGGAGAGCCAGGAACUCCUGGAAAAGACGGAGAACCAGGUCAAGGACCAGGAGAGCCAGGACCACCAGGACCUGAUGCCGAGCUUCAUGAUCGAAUUCUCCCGGUUCCACCACAAUGCCCAUGCACUGCUGCUCCAGGACUUGGAGGACCACCAGGACCACCAGGACAAGAUGGAAUUCCAGGUAACCCGGGAAGAAACGGAGAGGAUGGAGCUCCAGGACCACAAGGACCAUCCGGACCACCGGGACCACCUGGGCAACCAGGACAGCCUGGACAACGCGGACCACCAGGAGAGCCUGGAGCACUUCUUCCAGGAGGAGACGCUCCACCAGGCCCAUCCGGACCACCAGGACGGCCAGGAGCACCAGGACAGCCAGGAAAGGCCGGAUCUCCAGGACAAGACGGAAGCAACGGAGACGCCGGAGUUGCUGGAGAGCCAGGACAACGCGGACCACCAGGACCACCAGGACAAGCCGGAACUCCAGGAUCGCCAGGAGACGCCGGAUCUCCAGGAUCGUGCGAGCACUGCCCACCAGCACGUCUUGCUCCAGGAUAUUAGAAGCUUAUGCGAGUCUGUCUGUACAUUUUCGAAUAAACUAUAUUAUUUUUUCAAUCGA